AUGUCUUCACCGGUGGAAAUGACCGAGCUGUAUGAUAACGCGCUGUUAGGGAUCCUGCAGCAUGUUGGAAACAUUCAGAAUUUCCUGCAGGUUUAUUUCGGGUUCCUCUACAGAAAGACGGACUUCUACCGCCUCCUCAGCGGCCCACAGGACCGCAUGGGCUUCCCGCCCGGAGUGGCUGAACAAAUGGUGUUCAAGACGUUUAAGUUAUUUGAGAAUCUUGCAGCGGAGGACAGAGAGAGGACAGCGAGGCUGGCAGAGGAGAAGAAAGCCGCUCCUCCUGCAGUACAGGAGCUGGAGGUUCGAUCAGAACAGGAGGCUGAAGCUCCUGUGGAGGAGAAGAGGAGCACAGAAGAGCCCACAGCUGUCCUGGCUCCAUCAGCACAGAGCACAGAGACACACGGAGAGACUCUGAGCAGCACCGCUGAACCAGCAGGAGCCGCAGCGCCAUCAAACUCUGAUUCAAACAAAGCCAAUGUCGGACAAGACCGCUUUCAGUCGAACGCAGACAGUUACAAUGGUGCUGUUAGAGAAAAAUACACCUGGUCGCAGGAUUACACGGAUGUGGAAGUUCGAGUGCAUGUGCAGCCUAAUAUCGUUAAAGGCCGACAGGUGUCUGUGGAUCUGCAGUCGGGGAGGGUCCGCGUGGCCUUGAACGAGGAAGGAUCGCAGAGAGUCCUGAUGGAGGGCGAAUUCACACACAAAAUUAACACAGAAAAUUCCCUGUGGAGUCUGGAGCCCGGCCGCUGCGUUCUGCUGUCUCUCAGUAAAAUCAGGGAGGUUUGGUGGAGCGCCGUGUUGAAGGGCGAGACUGAGAUCGAUGUGAACCAGAUCAACCGGGAACGCUCUAUGGCAACUGUAGAUGAAGAGGAGCAUGCUGUUCUGGACCGUCUGUCAUUUGACUACCACCAGAAACUCCAGGGGAAACCACAGAGCCAUGAGAUCAAAGUCCAUGAGAUGCUGAAGACGGGCUGGAAUGCUGAAGGAUCUCCAUUUAAAGGCCAAGAGUUUGACCCCUCCAUGUUCAACAUCCCACCCAGCGCUGUCCAGUUUUGAGGUCACAUGUCAGUGCCAGAUGUAGAGUCAGCACUGUUACACACACACACACACACACACACAUUGAAGUACAGUAAUGGUGUCGGUUUCUUGCGGAUCUACAAAAUGAACAUCAACAGUGUUUGCUCUGCACAUCUCAUGCCAAUAUAACUGAUUCGCUGACACUGAUUGUUGUCUCAUGUUUAAUUAUUGAUUGGCAUGCAAAAUAUGCUGAUGAUCAUUUAUAAUUUUAAAUGUUUUAUGAGUUGACUGAGGUUUUCUUUGGCCUCGUGUCUGUGAUCUUACAUUUGCUCAGUUACUGACUGUAUUCAGGACUUACUGUUUGUUAGUAUUCAUUCUGUCUCAGUGAUCUGCAAUAGCAACGGUGAAACAAGGUUUCAUCAGAUAUUUAUUUAAGCAGAUUGCUGGAGUUCACACAGGAGAAAAAAUCCUCUUUCACUUGUCUCCAUCAUUUGCAUCAGAUUUUUGUGCCUGAAUCAAAUAAAAACCUUUUGCAAAUGUAA